AUGCAACCCGCCUUGGUACCUAUCCAUAAACCGCAUACAAAACACACGAGGACGCGUACGGGGUGCCUAAACUGUCGUCGAAAGAAGCGCAAGUGUGAUGAGGGCCGCCCGGCUUGUGGUACCUGUCGCCGGAGGCAGGAGAAGUGUAUCUGGGGAGUCCAACUCAAAUUCCUUACGGAGAAUGCCAAGGGUAUCGGCGAUGAGCAUCCAAGCAUGCGGAGGCUGAGGGGCAAGAAGCAGAACAGUAAUUUCGAAAUUUUGGAUGUUACCGAGGAUGUUAUUCGCGACUACGACUCAGGCUCGCCGCCGCUGAUGGAUGAUGACUUUACCUGCGGCGACGACGACUUUGUUGUAGGGGUUGAUUGUCAUGGAGAUCGGGGUAGCACCGGCUAUUCCCACGCUUCUCGUUUUAGAAGAGCAGACGGGACGUCCUUAAUGGGUGACGAUGCAAACAUUUCAUCCUCCUAUGUGGAAAACACACUCCUCGGAGGCUAUCCCGAAUGGGUAGACGGCUCGUGUGAUGAGCAGUCGAAUUCUGCCGCGUCUUCCUUCGGAAUUUGGCCACUUGACAUGAGCGAGUACUCCGAUUUGCAGCUGGACGACGAUGGCAUCUUCCUGCCGGGCACAGCGUACCACGAACUUCACUCAACUCUCAGAAGCCAUCUGAUUCAAGAAGUGAAAUCUAAUGAUCCAACUCGCCCACCCAGUCCGCUCCCAGCGUUGGAAGAGUUGGAUACUAUUAGUGAGGGUGUAGAUGAUAUUGUCGACGACCUGAGCACAGCCGAACACACGCUGAUUUCUAGGGAUCGAAUUCUACAAAGAGAGGAGGAGGUUCUUUUGUGGAGAAAUUGGUUUGAUGAGAUUGCCCCUUGGCUUGACAAAUUCGACAAUGACCAACAUUUCAAACACAUCAUCCCCACCAUGGCGCCCUCCAACUCCUUCCUACAGUACUCUGUCCUCGCUCUUUCAGCAAGACAGAUCGAGCUGAAAGAAAAGACGUUACCUCACGAUCGAAGUUUGCUGCUGUACCAACAGGCUAUCCAUCUACUGCUCCCUCACCUGCCAUCUCGAACCACAGCCGUCAUCGCGAGCUGCGUUAUCCUUUGUGUUCUUGAAAUGGGUUCCUGCUCGCCCAAAGCAUGGAGGCGCCAUCUGGAUGGGUGUGCCUGUCUUUUAUCGGCCGUCGGCAUCAGUGGUUCUUCAAGCGGCGUGGAAGGCGCGUUGUUUUGGUGUUUUGCACGCAUGGACGUCUGUGGUGGUCUGAUAUCGUCCGUGAAGACCCUCAUCCCCAUCUCCCAAUGGGUACCUGGGUCGGGUGUUGACGCUGAUGUAGAAGUGUUCAAGACAAAAAGGAAGGACUUUCACAAUUGGGCUAAUUUCGCUGUAUAUCUUGUCGGCUUGGUUUUAGACUUUCUGGGGACCACGGCAUUGGAUGCUGAAGGGAGGCUUGAAUCGUGGAUGAAACUCUGGGGAUAUAUUGCCGAAUGGCACGACUUGCGGCCUGCGGCUUUGCAUCCGGUCGUCACUCUUCCCUCGAACGAUAAGUCCCCCUUUCCGACAAUACUGUUCUCGAAUCCCGCCGCGAUAUCCGGAAACCAACUUUACCACACAGCCUCACUUUUAAUGCUGCAAAAUAGGCCCGUGGGGCUACGUCUUUCAUCGCUAGGAACCUCUUCGAGCUCUGUCACGACAGGUGCUGCUGCAAGAUGCUCGACAAAGGCUCGUACCAUCCUCUGGCACGCGAGACAAGUCUGUGGGAUCAGCAUUUCCAAUGAUCACCACGGCGCGUGGACGAAUGCCUUACAGCCGAUAUGGAUCGCGGGCCGCUGCAUGAGCCACCCGGCGGAGCAUACGGCUAUCUUGGAGCUACUGGAUAAAAUUGAGCGCGAAUCGGGGUGGAGCACGAGAUGGAGAGGGGAUGACUUGAGAGAAUUCUGGGGGGAUUUGGGAGAAUGA